CAAUCGAGCGAUUUGUCGGCCCUUUCGUGGAGCUACUGUUGUUCGGGUUUUUUACAAUAUUUUGUAUACUAUGCGGCUGUUAUCGGUUAAUAGCUGAAAUCACCGAAGCUUAAGUGGCGUCUCGUAAUUUGCAAUGAUAAAAUGAUUCCGUUAAAAGACAAUCAGGAUGUGGCUUCCUUUCUCGUCACAAAGCACUCUUGGAAGGGGAAGUAUAAGAGGGUGUUCUCUAUUGGCACCCAUGGCAUCACAACAUAUAACCCCGACCGUCUGGAGGUGACAAAUAAAUGGCUGUACUCUGAUGUGAUAACUGUUGCUUCGGCAAAACAUUCAAACUCGGCUGCCAACCAUGACUUCACGCUGGUCAUGAAGAAGGAUAAGAAGGUGGACACAAUGAAGUUUUCGUCAGAACACAAAUGUCUCAUCUUGACUGAAGCCUUCAGAUACAGACACCUGUUUGCUGAGAAACCAAAGGAGAUAUUUAGAUACCAAGCAUACAAGCACCACUGGAGCGGCACUCGCCUGCCAAUAGUACUUGAAGUCGGACCAUGCUCUCUUGAACAACUAGACCCUUCAACCCACACCUUGCUAGCUAGCUACCCGUACUGUGACCUCCAAGGCAUCCUCCCAGUCAAAGACGUCCCUGGAGGGUUUGUCCUGGCCCUUGGUGGAUACAGCAGACUUCACCUCUUUUCCAAUGCAAUGGACCAUCAAAUAAUCAUAAAUAAAAUGCUAGAAAUGGCCAGUCUCACACUAAGUGUAAGCAUCAAGGUGUUGUCGGCGACGUUUACUCUCGACGACUGCCAUAAUCAAAGAUUUGGGAAGUAUAGUGGUGACCAGCAUCAGACUUCGCUAAGUGAGUUCAUCGUCCACAAGGUGAACCCUGCGCGUCAUAUGGAACCCAUGCGACGGACAUUAUGUCUCUCCGACACGUGCAUACUUGAGCGAGACCCGCAAACAUACUCUGUGGUGUGUCUUCGACCUCUGAGCGAUGUGUUUGCGCUCAUAAGAGACCCGGAUCAUCCACAGAAGUUUUGCAUUGAAUAUUUAAAUGGACAGACGAGGACUUACUUAGCGGGCGAAAGAGACGCUCUGUUAGCGUCGCUGCUGGACGGAGUGCGGUCGGCCGGGCAGAGAGACGUCCACGUCAGAUCGUACCCCACUCCGCGCGCGUUCCGCUUAGGACCGCUGCACAGAGAAGUUGAUGAGGAAACAGAGUCCAAUCAUUUAAGGUUAUUUCAGAACCCCGUGGGAAUGAACCGGGCGGAGGUGAUCGAGCGGUUCAACGCUAACGUUGGAUAUAGCGGGCUCAUUUACUCAGUCAGCCAAGACCGCUUGUUCGCGGAAAACAAAGAGAAGUUAAUAACGGGGGCUUUAACGGCUAUCAUGUCGAGUGUGUCCUCUGGGACCAACCUGGUGCCGCGCGAGUUGGAAGCUUUGUUUCACGCGUUGCGACGGCUUUGUGCCAGUAAAGUCGGGUUUGCUGCCUUCACCGCUUUGCCGGGGUUCCGCGAAUGGAUCGGCACGGCGGUAGUGAACGCGUUACGCCGCGGUUCAGCGGCAUGCUCCCACGCGGCCCUUGACGCCGUGUGCGCGCUGAUGCAGCCGAUGCAUCAAGAGCCGGACCUUCGACAGGAGCAGCUGAACAAAGCCAGCAUGCUGUCAUCUGCCACCUUCCUCGAGGGGCUGCUCACAAUGUGGGCGGAUCACGUGACUGCGGGUAGCGGAGCGUUGGUAGUGGCGGCCAUGUUGGAUUUCCUGACAUUCGCGCUGUGCGUACCGUACAGCGAAACGACGGAUGGGAAACAGUUCGAUCAGCUGCUGGAAAUGGUCUCCAAUAAAGGACGGGUGCUGUUCAAACUUUUCGAGCACCCGUCGAUGGCCAUAGUGAAGGGCGCGGGGCUGGUGAUGCGCGCGCUGGUGGAGGAGGGCGGCGGCGGCGUGGGCCCGCGCAUGCAGGCGCUGGCGCUGGCCGAGGCCGCGCUGCCGCGCCACCUGCUCACGGCGCUGUACGCGCCGGCGCGCCUGCACCACCGCCACCUGGCGCGCCACCUCGUGGCGCUGUGGCUCGUGGACCACGCGCCCGCGCACAACCUGCUCAAGAGGAUUAUGCCAUCGGGCCUGCUAGCGUUCCUAGAAUCAACAGAACCCCCUCCCGCUCAGGCGCUAGAAGACGAGCGCGUGGAGGAAAGAGACAACCUGUCACUGGCGCAAGCGACGGUGAAGCCACGCGCCGCGCACUGGGAGGCGUUAGAGAGACAAGUCAAAUAUGUUGAAAAACAUCUUGAGCACUACGCCCAAUUAGCGCUCCAGCACUGGGCGCAGCGCUCGGGGCGGUCGCUGAGCACGGAGCGGCAGAACGCCAUCAGGGAGCGGCCCGUGGUGCUGCGGCGACGCCGCGAGCGGCUCAAGUCCACCGCGAACUGGCCGCUAUUCUACUACCAGUUCCACAGAGACCACGCGCUGCCCAACCUCAUAUGGAACCAUACUACAAGAGAGGAGCUCCGUCAAGCGCUGGACAACGAGUUACGCGCGUUUACAUCGGACCGCGAGGUGGCAGGGAACACUCUGACGUCAUGGAACCACGCCGAGCUCGAGGUGCACUACCAAUGUCUGCAGAACGAGGUCAAGAUCGGCGACUACUACCUCCGGAUACUGCUCGAGCAGAGGGACAAUGACGACAGUCCUAUUAGGAAAUCGUAUGAAUUCUUCAAUGAUCUGUAUCACCGGUUCCUGUCGACACCCAAGGUAGAAAUGAAGUGCAUGUGUCUCCAAGCUAUGAGUAUAGUCUACGGACGGUACUUUGAGGACAUCGGACCUUUCGCCGAUACUAAAUACAUCGUGCAAAUGUUAGAUAGGACCUGUGAUAGAAUGGAGAGAGACAGAUUAGUGCAAUUUCUAUCCAAACUGAUAUUACAUAGAAGAAACGUCAGUGAAAUAUUAGAAUGGAACGGUAUAAGAAUCCUAGUAGACUUAAUGACAUUGGCCCACUUACACACAUCACGAGCAACUGUACCAGCUCAGAGCAACGUGAUAGAAGGGCCGCAACAACAACAGGGCGGCGGCGACCGCGAGUGGUACUACAACGUGGAACAGGGGGACAAGGUGCAGAGGAAGGGGCCUGUUAGCUUCCAACAGUUGAAGGACCUAUACAAGUCCGGCGAGAUCAACAACAAGACCAAAUGUUGGGCCAACAGCAUGGAAGGUUGGCGCGCAGUGGCCAGUGUGCCGCAGCUGAAAUGGACGCUCGUUGCGAGAGGAACCGCUGUAAUGGACGAGAGUGCCCUGGCCGCAACCGUCUUAGAUCUGCUCAUUACUUGUACGAGAUACUUUCCUAGCAGAGACGAAGAAGACGCCGUGAUACGGCCGCUGCCAAAAGUGAAAAGGAUGCUGUCUGAACCGGCUUGCUUAGCGCACGUCGUCCAGUUGCUGCUUACAUUUGACCCUAUACUUGUUGAAAAGGUGGCAACCCUCCUUUACGAAGUGAUGCAAGACAACCCGGAGAUAUCCAAGUUGUACCUAACAGGCGUCUUCUACUUCAUGCUGCUGUACACUGGCUCCAACUUGUUACCAAUCGCAAGAUUCCUAAGACUGACUCACAUGAAGCAGGCGUUCAGAGCGGAUCAAUCCAGCUCAGACAUAAUGCAAAGGUCUAUACUGGGACAGCUGCUGCCUGAAGCGAUGGUGUGUUAUCUGGAGAAUCACGGCGCUGAAAAGUUUGCUCAAAUCUUCCUCGGCGAAUGGGACACCCCUGAGGCUAUUUGGAACUCGGAGAUGAGAUGUAUGUUAAUAAUGAAAGUAUCAGCCCAUAUAGGCGAGUUCACACCGCGCCUGCGCGCACACAUAGCGGCGCGGUACCCCUACCUCGCUAUACCGUGCGUGCAAUAUACUCAGUUGGAGAGAGAACUGUUCUGUAACAUGUUCUACUUGAGACAUCUGUGUGACACGCAGAAAUUCCCUGACUGGCCCAUACCAGAUCCGGUGCGCCUCUUGAAAGACGUGCUAGAGGCAUGGCGUCGCGAGGUGGAGAAGAAGCCGCCUUCGAUGACGGCGAGCGAGGCGUACGCGGCGCUGGGGCUGGCGGGCGGGCAGCACGACGAGGCCGCUGUCAGGAAGGCGUACUACCGCCUCGCGCAGCAGUACCACCCCGAUAAGAACCCUGAAGGCAGAGAUCGUUUCGAGGCUGUGAACCAGGCGUACGAGUUUCUGUGCAGCAGGAACGUGUGGACCGGCGACGGGCCCAACACUAACAAUAUUGUGCUCAUUCUACGCACGCAGACCAUCUUGUUCCACAGGUAUUCUGAUGUGCUAGCGCCAUACAAGUACGCGGGCUACCCGCAGCUGUUGCGCACGGCGCGCCUGGAGGCGGAGGCCGAGCAACUGUUCGCGGAGAGCGACGCCCCCGCCCUGCUGCCCGCCGCCUGCGAGCUGGCGCACGCCACCGUCAGGUGCUCCGCUCUCAACGCUGAGGAGCUGCGGCGCGAGGGAGGACUGCAGGUCCUCCACGAGGCGAUGUCCCGCUGCGUGCCCGUGCUGUCCUCGUGCUCGAAGCCCACGGACAUCGCGGCGCAGGUGUGCGGGCACUGCGCCCGAUGCUUCGCCGUGGCGGCCACGUUCCCCGACUGCCGCGCCGUCUGCGCCGAACUGCCGCAGCUGUGUGCCGACAUAGUGCCGCUCACCUGGCGCCCGCACCUGGGCGACACGGCGUGCGCGGGCGCGGAGGCCAUCGCGGCGCUGGCGGCGGAGCGCUCGUGCCGCUCGCAGUUCGCCCGCGCCGGCGCCGUGCACGCGCUGCUGCCCGCCGUGCUGCACUACGACUACACGCUCGCGGAGUCCGGGGUCGACACCGACGCGAACACCACUAAACAGGAAAUCGCGAAUCAACUAGCGAAACUAUGCGUAGUGGCGCUAGGCGCUAUAUAUGGGCCGCACGAAGACAAAUCAGCUGAUGACGACAGGAUACGAGACGCGCUGCAUUCUCUACUCACGCCGUAUCUCUGCGGGAAGCUGAAAGAGCCUGAUCAGCAUGAGCUCCUGAAAACUCUAACCUCAAACUGGCGGACCCCCUACCUGGUGUGGGACAACAGCACGCGCGCAGAACUAAAGGACGUGUUACGAAACUGUCGCGUGAACCCAGAAGAGGACGGUCCGUUGGUCGAGCCGUUCGUGUACUCGGCGCAUGAGGGGCUAGUCUCAGUUGGCGGCGUCUAUAUUGACAUCUACAAUGAGCAGCCUGAGUUUACUAUUGAGAACCCUCAGCAGUUCAUCUUGGACCUACUAAAGUUCGUCCACUCACAAGCUACCCAGGACAUGACCACCGAGAGAGUGGAGCACCUCACACUCGCUCUCACCGCUCUCGCCAACGUCAUCAUCAAGAAUCCUGGUGCCGAGAUCCAAUGCAUCGGUCAAUUCGGUUUGAUAUUCGGGAUGCUAUCGGCGCGAGCGCAUCCUAAUUUGCAAGAGGCGGCAUUACGAAGCGUGCUCGCCGCGGCUGGGAGCAGGGAAUGUGUGGAGGAUAUAGCAGCCAGUAUGGUGCUGGGGCAUCUUCUGGCGUUGCUGGGUGACCGCCCGCCGAGGGCGGAGGCCCUGGCGGCACUGUCCGCUCUGCUUGCCAAUACUGCGCUCGUUAAGGAGGCUUUAGCUAAAGGUGCUGUGAUAUAUCUAUUAGAUCUGUUCUGCAAUAGUAAAACGCCGGAGACGAGAGAAGCGGCGGUUGAACUACUAGCUAGAAUGAUGGCUGAUAAACUGCAUGGACCCAAGGUCCGCCUAACAAUAUCGCGCUAUGUUCCCGGCGUGUUCGCUGAAGCGAUGCGGGAAUCCGGCGCUUCAAGCGCUGUCCAUAUGAUGGACGCCAACCACGAACACCCCGAGUUAGUGUGGAGUGAUGAAGCCAGGAAGCGAGUGUGCAACCACGUGGCUGCUUUGAGAGACAGGCAUCAGUCCAACCAACUCCGCGAUGCGAACUUGACAUUCGAAGAUCGGGAGACGUUAGAGCGGGUCUCGGCCGGGGAAGAGACCUGGGCGCCUCCUGGCGAAGUUGUGGUGGCAGGGGUCUACCUCAAGCUGUACCUACAGAACCCCCACUGGAACCUGCGGAGUCCUAAGAAGUUCCUACAGGAGUUGUUGACUGAAACCCUAGCUGCCCUGAACAAGGAUUCUGGUGAAGGCAGCAGAGGCGAAGUAUGUGCGAAAGCUCUAGCUAUACUACUUCGGUCGCGGCCGGCUCUAGGAGAAGUAUGCGCACAGCUGGGUGAGAUGCCGCGCCUGGCGCGCUUGCUGUCCUCGUGCCCGCAACAUGCCGUGCCAGUGCUGGCGGCCUGCGCUGACACACAGGCCUGCGUAAGCGCGCUAACACAGACGGAAGUAAUGUUGGGCAUGAAAGUGGCAGUGAAGACGUGUCGCGAGGUGAUCGGAAGCGCCUGCGAGGCGCUCAGCUCUAUAUUCAACAGCUCGGUCAACACUGACCGACUUGUACUACAGGCACUAGAAACAGACUUAAUAGGCGAGCUGCUCUCUCUGCUGGAGACGCGCCUGGACGGGCAGGUGGCGGCGCAGCUGGUGAACGCGCUGAAGGCCAUGUCCCGCUCGGCCGCGCACGGCGAGCGCGUGCGCGGCGUGCUGGCGCGCUCGCGCGUCUGGGACCAGUACGCGGCGCAGAGGCACGACCUCUUCAUAUCCUCCGUGCCGCACCACCACUCCAUCGCUGCGGCGCCGCACUCGGCGGGCUACCUCACGGCGCCGCCCUCCAACAUCCCUGCGCAGCCGCCGCCCAUCGACUGACGCCGCCUGCCCUGUUAGUACCCCACACAUUACACACGGGAUUUGCCUUGCCACAAAUAUUCUCACCAGUUAAGCCGGUCACACACAGAACUUGUACAUGAAGCAUUUGGUAGAUCGCUGGGUCAAAUUAUAGAAUGCUAAUGCUGAAUACAAUCGAAAUCAAAUCAAAUGUACUUUAUUGCACAUAAAAACAUACAUACAUAAACUUACGCCUAUUUCUCACCGGGGUAAACAGAGACUAUGGAAUUCCAUGCCUACAUUCAUCAACAGAAAAAAUAGAAGCCUGUUUUAAGUGAUAAAAAAAUAAGACUAACCUAUUUUUUUUUUAAGAAGUACGUAACAAUGUGUACGACGGUUUGCCGUGAUUGAUGACGUCAUGGUUUUUCACACUUUCAUAGAAACAUAUCGUUUUGAUAUUUCUUAAAGUUACGCGCCCAAUAUGGCAGCCUCAGGCCUGUUGUCUUAAAUUUUGUACCGGGUUAGAGCUCUCGGCGCUCCCCAUUUGUCCGGCCAAGUAGUUAAUGCGAUGAGAGGAAAACCAUAAAUCAUGUCAUAAAAAAUGUUUCUUCAAAAGUAUCUUAUUGAUUUGGUCGUCAUCUAACUUAUAUUAUUAUUAAAAACUCCCGUUUCUCGUUCUGGAAUGCUGCCGGUAUCGCUACUAUGUACAUUAUUGACCUAUAUACUCUCAGGGAAGUUAUACCCUGUAAAACGUAACAUUUUAAUGACAACUCAAAGAAUACAUCGCUUAGUAUGAAAGAGACGAAAGAUACAUCUCUUUCACACUAAUGGUAUACUAUGGAAGAGACAAGAGAUAUGUGAUUCAAAUCGUGUUAGGUUUUAUAAGGUUGCUAAAUAUUGCAUUGGGGAAGUUUUAAAAGCUACAACAUUCACAUCACUUACAGAUUAACUUCUUUAUAAAAUUGAUGUAAAAUUACGUUAACCUUAUAUUGCAUUAUUGUUCUAGAAAAAAUAAAUCAAAACUUAAAAAUGUUUAUUCAUUCGAAUACUAUGAUUUCAUCACAGAGCGCGGGCGUAUUUGUAGAGAUGGUCUGGUUAUGCAGAUGAUCUGUUGACAUUUACGGUCACGAGCAUUAAUAUGCACUUUGGUACCAUGUCACAUUAACUUUUUUGACAAAUUGAACUGUAAGUCUCACUAAAUGUCAAAUAUGUUAGUGCGACAGAGUCCUAAAGUGGGUACAUUAUGUUGCUCAUGACUGUACUUGGGGUUACCGUUACCGAACUAUCGAUAGUUAGAUUAUCGACAGUUGAUAGUACCGAUAGUUCAUUUAGAUCUAUACUAUCGUUACACGUUAAUACUAUCGGUUGUAUUGCUUCUGACUAUUGCAAGGACUAUCCAUAAUAUUGUUUUUUUUUUUAAACUAUUAAUAGGCAUCACUACUACUGGUACACUACAUAUAUUUGACUUUCUUAUCAAUUGAAAUCAUAACAACAUCAUGAUGUAACAAUGUUUUGUGCAAUCAAUACAUAAACACAAAACACGUGUUUUCAACUGCGCAAGUGCUAUCGUCACGCAUAAAUUAUGAUAAAAAAAUAUAAUAACAAAGCUCUUUGGUAAAUAGCUGAUAAGAUACUCUCAAUUUCGAAACUAUCUAUAUCGAUGUUUACUAUAUAGAAUUGGGUAGUUUUCUAGGUCAAAGAUAUAUUAUGCAAUUCUGAUUACUAAAUAAAGACAGAUCUAAAGCUGAAAAUAAACAUUUUCUUUUUUCUAUUUAACUUAUUUAUGAAUUUUAAUCAUGAAAAAUGUAAUAAAAAGUGCGACAUUUUGUCACAGGUUGCUUUUUCAUACAAAUUCCAUAGUAAUUUCGUUGUUUGACGUUUAGUAUAAAGUAACUGAUUUGACUAGUUGGAAACUAGCUUAUUGCACUAUGAAUCAAUGUAUUCUAACGAGGGUAAAAAAUAGAAGCUCAAAAUGUAAGCGGCAGCACCUUUUGAAAGUUCUUAAAUUAUGAUAAUUCUCCAUACCGUCCAGAUAAAAUUCCUGGAGUGUAUUCCAUCUGAAAGAUGAGUUACGAGAAAGAAAAGCAACCAGUUGGAAAAAGGCAGUUUUGAUUGAAAAUAAGUUUUUCUAAGCUUUUUUCUUUCCGAUCUUUAGGGAAUAAACAUAACACUGUGAUUUUGCAGUUAAACACUGCGCAAAGUGUUACACUGUUUACUCAAAUAUUAUGGGUAACUGUCAAAAUUAAAGAACACUCAACAGAAGCGACACCUUGAAGGAGAAAUAGGCAGUUUUGUACCCCAUUCUAGGCAUAUGAAUAAUUAUACGAAAUGUCUCUAGAGUAAGAGAAAUAGGCAGCACUAUUCGUAAGUUAAUCUACCUAAUAAGCAAGGCAAAUCCUUACUUUGUACUUAUGUAUAAAGAUGCAACUAAUUAUGUCAUUUGUUAUAUUGUGUUAAGAAAUUGUCGAAGUUUUAAACACGUUUAUGAGUCACCUACUCCUUUUAACAAAUCUCGUCAUAAUACGACACGAAGUAGUUUUUUCAUCGAAGUAAGAAUGCCAUAUUUGAAGCACCGAACGUAAUUUCAUGGAACUUAUUCAUAGAUUUAUGAAUUUUAUUGACCGUUUACGUCGAAAAAUGUCUUCGCAAAAACGGCUUCUUACAAUGGCGCUGAUUCCAACAGACACCUCCUAAUUUUAUUCUAAGUUAUACCUGUCCUUUUCUUAUCCGCGGACGAAAGGGACGGGUAAUCAACAGGCUAAAAAUGAAUGGAAUACACCUCAAUUUUAGGCGGAAAUCUAUAACCCUUUCGAAACGUUUAUCAUUGGUGUAUAACCCGACAGAAUUAAGUUGACAGAAACAUGAAACGGGUUACAUACUAGCAAGAUGCUGAUUUGAUUGGUGCGGGUUAUGGUUUCAUUCACUGUUUAAUUUUGAAUUUAAAAGCUGUUAAUCGUCCGUCCCUUCCAAGUGACAAGCUGUGUCUGCCGGAAUCAAUAUUAAAUCUAUCUAGUGUCGUGAGGGUUAAAAGUAAUAUAAAGUAUUCUCACAGAAGUAUUCUAUAAUGGUAUGACGUUACUUCGAAGACUUAAACAAUUCAAAACUCAAUGAAACUUCCUUCGUGUCAUAUUGUGUCAAAAUCGAUCGAUUAUAUUACCCGUUAUUUUCUUAUUAUAAGUAAUUCUUAGUUUAAAAAAGUACCAAUAAAGGCUAGAACAUAAUGGACGGAUACACGGAUAAUGGCCCCGAUUCCUGCAGACACCUCCUAAUAUUAUUUUAAACUAUACUUGUCAUUUUCUUAUCCGUGGAAAUGGAAAAGGACGGUUGAUUGACUAUUGUCAAUUUUAAAAUGAAUGAAUUACCCGGGUGAAUAAAAUAGGCAUCUGGCUGAUAUGCAACUUGUUGGACGUGUGCUGUCAACUUAAUUCUGUCGGGUAAAAUGUAAAAUUUUAAGAGUGGAGAGUUAGUGGAGUAAUUUAGAUUUCUGCUGAAAUAUUUCUGCCAUAAACUUUAUGCCUGUAGAUUACUCGUCCCUUUCCUUUUCGGCGCAUAAGAAAAUGACAGGUAUAACUUAAAAUAAAAUUAGCGUGUAUCAGCGCCAUUACGACACUAUAGUAUUAUUAGCCAAAGGUACAUUUUAUUGGUGUAUUUUGUCAUAGCUGUGUAUAUAGCGAUCUCUGUGAAGAAUAAACAAUUAUAUGUAUGGUCAUAAAUUGUUAUGUAAGUAAAUGGUAUGGUAAAAUGUCAAGUAAGGAAUGCAAUUUAAGAUUUUAAUUUCCGAGAGAAAUGAAUAUAGACUUGCAUUGUUUUUUUGUUGGUUUUCAAGUUGUCUAUACGGCGAGUUAGUGACAUCGUAACGAAAACUUUUGGGGGAUGAUUCAAACCAUGAUUCUGAGUUGCUAUCAAGUGGAAUUUCCCGUCGGAAAAUUAAUGAAAAAAAUAGUAUUGUUUUUUCCCACAUUGUGCAUAGAACCCGAAUUUAAAAUAAAAAAGACAAGUUAUUAAACUAUCAAUGUAAAUCGAACAACGCGAAUAGUCGCUAGAUUACUUAAAGUAUUAUUAUGUGGUCUAGGAUAGGAUGUUGCGUUGAUUACAUUGCGGCGCAGCAGAAACUCAAAAUUGUAAUUUAACAUUUCCAACAAGAAAAACACCAACCAUCGUCUUUAGUACGGUCACGAGUACUAAUAAUACAUUUUGAAACCAUGUCACAUUAACUUUUUUGACAAAUUAUACCGUAAGUCUCAUUAAAUGUCAAAUAUGAUGGUGCGACAGGGUUUUAAAGUGGGUACAUGAUAUUGCUCAUGAUAUUAAUCAAGUAGACGUUCUAAUUUAUUUUUCGUUACUGUGUCACUAACACCCUGUAUGUACUAAUUAUUUUUUUUAGUUGCGGCCAAUUUGCAGUUUUAUAUAGGUACUAUAAAGGUCUUUUCACCAUUCUACAAUAUUGUUCGAAAUUGUCAUAUUGCACCCUUUUCAAAUAUAGAAACGUGAUAUCCUUAGUUUAGAAAGAAGUGUAAUUCUAUUCCGUUACACUCAAUUUCCCUAUAUUACUAGAUGCGUAAGUUUUAUACGGAUUGAUCGGAUAUAGAAUUCGCAUUUUUGUAUGGAUUUUUAGUAAAGGAACAGAACGGAAAUGCAUGAAUCAUACUAGUAUGUUAAACAAAAUUUGUUAUCGGUAAUGGCUGUCUGCCAUUAUGGGCGUUUCACAUUAUACCAGCAAGCAUUCCAGGGGGGUUAAAAUGGCCACAUCGAAGCAAUUCAUCACAUUUGACAAAUGUCAAAUUGCAAUAUUACUUUUUUAGAUGAAUUGCUUCGAUGUGGCUUUUUUAACCCCCCAGUUUAACGAUUGAAUCCAACGCUGGAAUGUUACUGGAAUAUCAUAUACAAACAUCAUUCGAAUCAUAAUCAUGAAAUGAAUAGUUUAUGUUAUCUUGCCAUUCCCAAUAUAUCAUCAACACGAAAUUAAUUAUUUUUAGUAUAUUGAGACUGAAUCAUUUCAGUAAAUUUAGAUGUAUGUUAUUCAAAAAAUAUGCAAUUAAAAAUAUAAUAAGAAUAUUAUGAGACGUGUUUUAGAUUCCACGAAUUCUUGUGUAAGAUAAUUGUUUUCGAUAUGUGCGUUACCACGGUGAUUAAUUUGCCUAUACGUAUGUGUUAAAUCAGAGAAAAUUAUUGAUACAAAGACAGAAUUAUUAAAACUAAAUCCAUGGUUCAUUAUUGGGUUACUCAUAUCAUAGUUUAGGCGCCUAGAUAUUCAAAUGUAAUCAUUAUAUUAAGGCAGGUACUGAACAAGAAUAUUUGCGUCUAAUAUCAUUAAAAUUUGACUGUUAUUACAAUAAUAUAGAAUAUUCGGAUGAUAAAAUAUUUAUUACUAAUCUGUAUUGAAAGUUUCGCGCCUAAAUUACCUCGUUAAGUACCUAUCUUUGUUUUUCUUUCUGCGUUUUGAUCAUGUCAACACAUCGGGUACGUCCUUACAAUUUUAAAUGUCGAACGGGUCUUGAUUUUCUUGUGUUCUGAACUUAUAGACGGGACAAUAACGUUUAUAAUUCAUUGAAGAAGUAGUUAUUAAAUAUGCAUAUUGUAGUGAUUUUGCCUUUGGACAUCGAAUUUUAAGAAAAAAAGAUAAUAAAUAUGGUUAUAAAAAUAGAAUUCAAUUUGUCAUAUUUAUUUAUUUUAGUUUAAACUAAUGCGGCGCACGUAUAUUAGUAAAUGUCACUCCACGGUAGUUGUCUUAGGGCGCCUUGAGAUUGGUUGCGUGCUUUUCCAACAACAGUCGUGCGUCAGUAAUUGUUAUAAAGAUGUACUCAGUGGGUGAUUCUUCCUACUUUCUCUUGUAUCUUUCUUUGAUUCUGGCGAAAGAAAUUUAAUUUUAAUUAUUUUGGCCGUUAUAAAAAUAGUGAUGUCCUUUACUUACGAUGAGUGCAAGAAAGAGAGAACUAGUUUUGGAACUGGCAAGCUAAAUUUAAAUUAGGUUUGUGUUUAAGAAAGAAACAUUUAUUACUUCCGGACACCACAGACACAGACAGACAGGUACAUUACAUUUAACACAGGACAGAAACCACACGGAAAUCAAUAAGUACACAGACAAAAAAAAUCCAAAACAAAAAGAAAAACAAAUCAAAAUCAUAAAAACAAUAAUAAUAAAACUAAGUAUUCUAAAUGCAACGCACUGACGGCCCGAUCAUCGGCGGUGGAGUCCGGAAUAAAAGGACCUCGCUCAGCGUAAGUCGCGGCGUGAGCCACGACGCUGGUAUUCUGCGGGCCCUGAGGAGUGAGGCCAGAAUCUGCACCAUUUAAUUACAAAAGUCAAGUUCAACCAACCAAGCGUAAUCGUGCGCCGCAAUUAGCGAGCGGCUCUUAGCUUUAUCGGGGUUUUCAUGUCAUUAGUAUAGAGUCAAUUCUGGCGCACAAAACUUGCAGGUGCUUUAGUAUGACAGCUGUGAAACUAGCGCCGACCUUCACUUACGCUUAGCGUACGCAAGGGAUAGCGCUAGUUUUAGAACAGACAAAGCACUAGCUUAAGUUCAGUCCGCCAGAAUGAGACUAACGGUAAAAUGUUAUUUAUAUUAAAGUUAUAUAAAUAAGUAAACUCUAUAAGACUCGGAACACAGAUAUCAAUGAAGGACAGGGCUGAGAAGGCACCACGAGUGGUAGAACGAAGUGAUGAAUAUGUAUAUUUUUAUAUCUAGAGAUAAGUUAUAUUAUUGUAAAAUAUAUGAAAUUAAUAUAAUAUGAAUCUGA